GAUAAUAUUCACGGCUAGCAGACGUUUGCGUCAGUGGCAGAUACAUCUCAAUGCCACCCUGCCCCAGUCGGAGCCCAGCACGAGGCGAGCCGCACACACAGGCUGCAUCCGCCCCAGUCAUGCUGCUGCUGCUGCUGCACCUGCUGCUAGGCCUGCUGGCCCCCCCCGCCCUGCCCGGCUGCAGCGAGGCCGAGCUCGACCGGCAGCUCGUCCUGGCCAAGAUCCGGGCCCAGGUCCUGGAGCACCUGAGCCCAGCGGCCCCGGGAGGCAGGGCCCAGAAGGAGCGGAGGGAGGUGCGUCGGCGGCAUGCCCUGGGGACCCUGCCUCUCUGGCAACGGGACCAAGAGGACACCUCCCAGGUGAUCCUCUUCCCCUCCACAGAUGUGCCAUGUGAGCCUCCGCAGCCAGCUGCGCUCCUGGAGGAUGAGGGAGUCUUCACCUACCUCUUCCAGCCAUCACCGCACACGCUGACCCGCACGGUGACCUCUGCCCAGCUCUGGUUCUACACAGGCCCCUCCGCUGCCCCCAACCGCUCGACCACGGGCGCCGACGUGCUGAUCCUGUCGCCGCAGGGCCAGGUGGCCGUGGGGGCUGCAGUGGUGCCGGCAUCCGAGCACUGGACCGUGUUCCAGUUCGCACCCCCGUUCCUGCGCUACGUCUCGCAGCGGCUCUUUGUGCUGCUGGUGCGCUGCCCACACUGCCCCUGCGUGGCCGACGCCGACAAGAUGCCCUUCCUCGUGGCCACCACCCGGCCCCAGGGGGCUGACCGAGCCCGGCGCUCCUCGGUCCCCUGGUCUCCCGCUGCCCUCAACCUGCUGCAGCGCCCGUCGGAGGACGUGGCCGCCCAUGCCAACUGCCACCGCGCCGCCCUUAACAUCUCAUUCGAGGAGCUGGGCUGGGACAAGUGGAUUGUGCACCCCAGCUCCUUCCUCUUCCACUACUGCCACGGCAGCUGCUCCGACGCCCACGCCCUCACCCACAAGCUGGGCUUCCGCCUCUGCUGCGCCGCCCUGCCAGGCACCAUGCGGCCCCUGCGCGUGCGCACCACCUCCGAUGGCGGCUAUUCCUUCAAGUACGAGACCGUGCCCAACAUCCUGGCCCAGGACUGCGCCUGCAUCUAGCGCUGCGCAGGCCUGCCGGCUCCCUGGGCCCUGCCACGUGGAGCCACGGCGCAGGCACCUCGUCACCGCCUGACGACCUCAAGCAACACCCGUACCUAGCUAGCACCAUAUCCUCCUUGCCG